AUGUUUGAAUGUAUUAAAGUUGAUUAUACUAAGAAUCCUUUGAGUGACAAAGUAAUACUCCCGCAGCAGAUAUUGGAAGAGCUUAUAGGGUCAGGGUCACAUGAUGUUUUCGAUGAGUCAAAACCGUUGACAUUAGCAAUAGACGUCUUCCGGAAAGAGGACGGGGAACGUUUGGGGUCAGCUGUUGUUGGUGUAAGAGAGUUCAGUUUGUUAGAUAUUAAUGAAAUUGUGGUACCAUGGUUAGUUGCGUACAAAUUGGGGAUUUUAGAUAAUGUGGAUUGCACCGUUAUGGACUACAAGUUGUUAAGAGAAUUACCCAAUGGGACUUCUAUAGAAUUGGAACCUCUAGGGGCUAUAAAGUGGGAGAAUCUGAUAAAUGAUCCAGCCAAAUAUAUGGAUUCGACAGUAGAUAAUUCUAUUACUAGGAAGUUCUUUUUCGAUGAGUUACAUGUCCGCUCCUUCUUGGAAGCUCGAUGGAACAACACUUUAACGUCUGUUGUGGAUGGUGAAUAUAUGCUAGUAUCGGGAGAGGAGAAUGGACGAGUAGCAAAGGAAAUUUAUAAGUUUAAAAUCCACCGCUUAGAGCCUGCAAAGAUAGUCUGUGUUGUCAAUACAGACUUGGAUUUAAACAUUAUCGGCUCGUUUGAAGUACCUGUUGAUGCACGAGGGAUUGAAGGGACCAGUAUUUUUAUGGAUGAAGAUUUGCAGGAACUUCAGGUUAUAGAUGCUUCAUUAAAUGAACCAAUUUCUGUGCAACCUGGUCAGAAAGUUAUUUAUAGAGUCAGGAAUGAUGGUCAAGUGAGGAUAGAGAUUUUAAGCAAUGAUAUGGACGAAUCAUUUCAAUUAAUGACUUCUCCAAAUGACCUAGUCAGAAAGGAGUGUUUCACAAGUACCACAUUGCUUUCAGCUAGUAUGGAGUCUAAAGAAGGAAUCAAUUCUGGUUCUAAGAUCAGUUUAACCAAUGCAGAUACUUCGUAUAUUUUGCCUUUUUAUCUUUCCAAACCGAGUUUAUCAUCAUAUUCUUUCAUAGUUGUUACUGAUGAUCUUGCAGACUCGAAGAAGUCUAUUGUAGAUGAAAAUUUAAUUGUUUGCCAAUCCUGUAAAAAGGGAAUUUUAAAAGAUGCGUAUUUAUUACAUGAACUACAUUGCCAAAGAUCGACAAAAAUAUGCACAAUAUGUAACAAAAAGUACCUUCUUUGCAAGAAGAUUCCAGAACAGCAUUGGCAUUGUAGUUUUCCAUCUUGUGGUUCACAUGGUGACACAGAUAUUAGUUACCAAAGUCAUUUGAAUUGGUUUCAUGAAUCUGCAACCUGUACAGAUUGUGAUGAGAAAUUUCCAAAUUUGGUAGAACUUAGUCGACACAGAAGUUCUUCCUGUCCUAAGGGCCUCCACUAUUGUCAGUUUUGUCAUUUGAUCGUUCCUCGUGGUGAAAGCAACAUUGAAUCAAAGUAUUUUAAUCUAUCUGGUCAUGAAUAUCGCUGUGGUACUAAAACAAUUGAUUGUGAAAAAUGCGGAAGAUCUAUUAGAAAAUUAGAAAUCGCAUCCCAUUUAAGUUUACAUGCUCUGGAUCGUAAGGUCAAGGCCAGGUCGACAGUACUUAGAAAGUGCUCCAAUGAAAACUGCAGUCGGGUGGGACCAUCAUUCAACAACCUAUAUAAUCUAUGUGAUGCAUGCUUUGGGCCAUUCUACUCAACUGACGAUGACAAAAAUGGCCGUAAAUUCAAAUCGAGAAUAGAACGGAGGUACGUGAUACAGCUAAGUCGUGGCUGUGGGUUUUCCUUUUGCAAAAAUCCCGAAUGCAAAUCUUCUGGUUUAAUAUCGUUUCCGGACAUGAAAGCACUAAUAAAUCACGUCAAUGAAGAUUUACUAAACCGAGAUGAAUUUCGAUUAUGUGUGGAUGAAUCCAAUACGAAACGCAAACUGCUAGGAGAUAUAUUCUAUGACACACAGCCCGGAAAAUACUCCAUAGAAUGGGUAUAUAAAGCGGCGUACGAAUCCUCUGCUAAUGAUCUUGAGACUCUCCAUUCGUGGUUAGCAGAAAAUGCAGUUACAGAAGCAGAGGAAUGA